AGUCCUGACGUAGACGGUAAAAUCGCCUCGUGCUGUGUGCACCGUUCUCUCUAUUACGCCCACAGUGUGCACGCGGGCGGAGUAAAAGUUGCAGCUAUAAUGGCAGCAGAUCGAGAGUCAAACCUCCAGCUGGUUCACAGACACAUCCGAGCUUUUCCAGACUUUCCGAAGAAAGGCAUCCUGUUUCGGGAUAUCUGUCCCAUCCUGAAGGACCCAGCUGCUCUCACAGCGGUGAUCGACCUGUUUGAAGAACAUGUGAGGAGGAAUCACCAGCAUGUUGAACUGAUCGUAGGUUUAGAUGCUCGGGGUUUCCUGUUUGGUCCUCUGCUUGCUCAGCGACUGGGUGUUGGCUUUGUCCUGGUCAGAAAGAAAGGCAAACUCCCUGGGAACACCGUGUCUGUGUCCUACGAUCUGGAGUAUGGCAAGGCGGAAGCAGAGAUCCAGGAGGAUGCAGUGGCUCCAGGACAGAAAGUUCUCCUCAUUGAUGACCUCCUGGCUACUGGAGGAACACUGUAUGCAGCCUGUGAGCUAAUGAAGAAGCAGCAGGCCGAGGUUCUUGGCUGCAUGGUGGUCAUCGAGCUCAAAGAGCUGAACGGCAUCGACAAACUCAAGUCCCACAAUGUGUUCUCGCUGGUUCAGUACUAAGGACCUUUCUAGUUGCCACACGGGAAACCAGUCAAGCAUUGGUUUUAAAACCAGCCAGCAGCUUCCCAAGUGUUACCAGCCCCAAACGAGGAACCUGUUCAGCUCAGGCACACAUUUCAAUCACUUGCAGUUUUGCAAUUUUAAUCAGUACUAAAAUAUCAAGUGUUUUUGUCACUCAUUUAUAAACCGGUUAAGGCUCGGAAUCCUUACCCAGCAUGCUUUCGGCUUAUCAUGUCAUGUUCCUUUCACCUAAUGCAUGCUGUGAUCCAGGGGGGGAAGAAGUGUAGAAAUCUUUUACUUUAGUAAAAGUACUAAUACCAAACUGUAAAAAUACAAGCCAAAAGGUUUUUGCAAUAAAGUGUUUAAUGGUGUAAUCAUUUAAGCUGGGAUUGUAGGCUUGUAUAUUGUUGGGUAGUCUAAUUUAUUAUAAAACAUAUUUUAUAAACUUUUUUUUGGUGCAAAAAUCUUAAUUUGUAAAUUAACUAGUAAGUAAAGCUGUCAGACCAAUGGAGUAAAAGGUACAUUUCUUUCUGAAAUGUAGUGAAGUAGAAGUGGCAUGAAACAAGACGGAGGUACCUUAAAUUUGUAUUUAAGUACAGUACUUGAGUAAAUGUACUUAGUUACAUUCCACUACUGCUGGGAUCAGUUGCUACACCUGAACAGGAGGAAGCAGCUACAGAGGAUAAAUGGAUAUAUUAAAGGCACAUUUUACCUGUUGCAGACUGAAUGACCAUGUCUUUUUGCAGUUUUGUAUAUCCAAAAACAAGUUUCUCUUCCAUCUGUAUAUUAAAUAGCUUACACACAUGUA